AUGCCUCGUUCAAGGAACGUAUGGAUUUCGCUUGACUCUGACCCCGACGUUAUCAGAGGCGGCUUAAAUGCAUCUGAUACAAUAACGAAUGCGCAGUUCCUUGCCCUUCUUCGGAUAUUGUUUCAUGCUCCAGGAGGUUUUAAUGCCUGCAAAGAGGGUUCGAGUCUCCCUGUCCGGCAAAACGAUGAAGUUCUUCCUCACGGUCACUAUAUCCUCUCUCCUACUACCCCAGGCCAGGUACUCGAGGUAACCAAUGAUCGAUACUACCCCCGGACAUUGUCGAGGUCUAGCUCUUGCCGAGAUGCUACAUUUGUGCGAGAUGUGAGACGUCGUGAUAGGGGCUGUAUGGUCACCGGGGCUAUAGCUAUGGAUGCUGAAGACGAUUAUUGGUCUGGGUUUGAGGCCGCUCAUAUAUUUCCCCUCGCGUUAAGUGAAUUGUUUUCGUCAUUUGACUUUCCAACAGUUAUCCCUAAUGAAAGAGGCAUCAAUGCCCCGAACAAUGGUAUUCUUCUUCGUGCUGAUGUUCAUCAGCUAUGGGAUAGCUAUGCGAUAGCUGUUAACCCAAAUGAUGGCUUUCGUAUUCAAAGCUUCCGAGGAAGUUCUCACCAAUAUCAUAACACAGUCCUCCAGCCUGCCUGUCGCCACCCUGAGGACCCUCACCGUGUUAUCGAUGCUCUACUUACUUGGCACUUUAAGCAGGCCGUGCUCUACAAUAUGCGCGGCGCUGGAGAACCAAGUUUUGAGUUCGAUUUCCCUCCCGGGACCGAUAUGGUGGGCCUCAUUCGAGAAGGGCCACUGCCUGCUGAGAGGAUGGAGGCAGAGCUGUUCGGGCGUCUGUAUGGGCUGACUUGA